AUGCCCAAACCCCUUCAAAAAUCUCUUCACCACUACCUCUCCAAGAUCAAAAAAUCCACAAAACACAUCCAUUUACCAUGCAAAAUCCUCUCAUCUCCAGCCAGUUGGAUCCUCAGAGGCUGCAAACACCCUAAAACACUCUCAUUUGCUGCCAACGAUCGCAACCCAAAACAAACCCACAACAAUAAUGGUGAUGAAGAUCGUGAUGAUGAUGCAGCAACCCUAGAAGACAUCGAUCGCUUUAUGUUUGAGAAUUUCAAGUCACUGUAUCUAAACGAUGACGACAAUGAUGAAGAAGACAAUAACAACAACAACAACAAGAAAACAGGUCUUAAAGAUGAUCAUGAAGAAAAAACAAAUGGGUUUUCGUUCGAAUUGCCUAGGGUUCUCAACCCACCACCAGACCGUUAUAGCUCUCACCAGUUUUUCGUGGGAAACCCUAGCUGGUCGAGUUCAUUAAUGGAGGAAGCGAGGACAAACUCCUCCACCACCGCCACUACGGCCACUACUAAUGAGUCAACGACUAGAAGAGUUGGUGAUGAUAAUUGUAAACGAGUAAUGGGUCCCGAUGAUUUUAUCGCCUUGUUCACGUACUCGCCAAGUCCAUACAAUGAUUUUAAGGAUUCGAUGCAGGAAAUGAUCGAGGCGAGAGUGGAGUAUUGUGGGAAGGUGGAUUGGGAAUUCAUGGAAGAGCUCUUGUUUUGUUACUUGGAUUUGAAUGAUAAGAAGUGUUACAAGUAUAUACUGAGCGCUUUCGUCGAUCUUGUUGUCGUUUUACGGGAGAAUUCCGGUAAGAUUCCGGCGCGAUCAUGGCAGAGGAGGAGAGAGUGA